AUCUCUUUUAUGAUGCGCUGGUGCACGGAGAUCAUCGCUGUUUUUCGGAGCCCGAAACGGGUGUCGUUCGGGGAAUGCUAGGAAAGCUUACCCGAAGUCUGUUAACCUGUGAUCCUCGGUUUAAGCUUACACAGAGACCGAAACGCUGUCUUGUAAACCUUCAUUUCGCAACUGUGAUAAUCGCAGAUUUUCUACAGUUCUUGAGAGUGACCUUUGUCACUAGACCUCCACCAUGACACAAAUACAGACCUCCAGCGACCCAGAGACUCUUCAUCUCCCCCGCAUUCUCUGCCUUCACGGCGGCGGCGUCAAUGCACAAAUCUUCGAACUACAAUGCCGCGCUCUGAUCAGGAGUCUUGCUUCCUCUCUCCGUCUAGUCUUCAUGCAAGCACCCUUCAUCUCAGCGCCUCACCCCGAUAUUGUCAGCGUCUACGGUGAAUAUGGGCCUUUUCGGCGCUGGCUCCGCUGGCAGCCUGACCAUCCCGAGAUUGAAGCAGAGGCCGCCGCCGAGCUACUUCGGAACCAGACCCGCAGGGCUAUGGACACCGACCCCGGAACCGGAGAGUGGAUCGGCAUUCUGGGGUUCUCGCAGGGCGCUAAGAUUGCGGCGAGUUUAUUGUGGACGCAGCAGAAAGUGACGGAGCAGUUUGGUGCGGAAGAGGCGCUGACGCAGUUCAAGUUUGGUGUUCUCAUGGCUGGGAGAGCGCCUUUGAUUACGCUGGAUUCCCGGCUGCAACAUCCCCCAGCGGUCGUUGAUGCGGCGCUGUUGAGCUCCGAGUUCAAAGACUUCCCUGAGUCGAACGUGGGAGACCAUGUGUUGAAUAUUCCAACGCUGCAUGUCCAUGGACUUCGAGAUCCUGGACUCGAGCAGCACCAGGUUCUGCUGAAGACAUACUGCGCAACUGGCACGACGACUCUAGUUGAGUGGGAUGGUGGACAUCGCAUACCGAUCAAGAGCCAUGAUGUCGACGCUGUGACAACUGAGAUCUUGAAGUUGGCAAAGAACGCAGGCGUGAAGCUGCCCAACUGAACAUCGCAAACGAAUUCAUGUCUUUCCAACAGUAUACAACUUACUAAGAAUUUUAUGGUUUCUGAGCUGUUUAUUCACAUAGACUAGACAACGCUAUACAUAUAUACAUUAUUGACAAUGCAGCAGCAUAUCUCACAGUCUCAGAUUGAACCGUUGACCCCCCAAGAGUCAUGUCUCUGAAGUGUCUGCAGAC